CAUAUAGUUUGGGACAGAGGUGGGUGGAGGACUUGAACGCUGCCAUGUGUCCGAUAGUGACCUCCCAGUGUUAGUGUAGCAAAUGAAAUGCACCUCACCUUCUUAUCUUCACUAUACAUGGGGACCAUGCACCUCUUCCCCUCCGUCAAUUCCAUAUAGUUUGGAUUUGAAGCCAUUUUGCAUCGCAGCUACUAAUUCUUCUCAUUGUCCCAUGGUGAAUUUUUUGUUAAAUAUGGUGCAUUGGAGGCGCUUUAAGUAAUUACUAUCAGUGUAGCUCCUAACACAAAUUUGCUCUAUAAAAGGUGACCUCCGAAAGAAUCAUUAAGGACUAUAUGAUUUAGUGGUCCUAAGGUUUCAAAUUUGGUUAACAAGAAGUAGGUACGCGAGUUUCUGUUAUAAUCUUUUAGCCACCCACCACCUUUAGCUUUGCAUCUUAAUCAAUGCCUCUGCACUUUAAACAGCACGUAGUCAAAAUCAAUACAAUAUUUGUGAUAAUUUAGAUUCUAAAGUCUAUAAACUUGAACCCUUUUCUUCAAUUAUCUUUAACUCAAAGAGGAACAACCAAUAGAUCAGCGGGCAAAUUGGGACCCUAAAGUUCUUUGGCCCUCAGAUAUGAAAAUUAUCAGAUUAUCAUAUGUUCACAAGCUUUGAGCUUUCAUGCAUAGAGAGACAGAAGGUCUGAAAGGGACAGAGAGCAUGGGAUGCCGUAGACAAAAAGGUAGAGUUGAAUUGAAACCUAGACAGAGAAAACAGAACCCUUUAGAGCAUAAUUGUUUUUCUCUUUUGGCAACCUUGGGAAUAGUUACCAUCUGCACCUCUCUUUAUAUGCAAACCUGAAUCAGGACAAAAUUGUAGAACACACAAGAACUAGAGCAGAUUAACACUGUGUCUGCUCUAGAAGACAUUAGAAGAAAAUCUUGCCUUUUCACGUUAUAACCACAAAUGCUGCUUAGAGAAACCAUUCGCAAGACCAAACUUUUAUUCCACAAGACCCUCCGAAACUUCAAGUCUUUAAUCUUUGGAGGGUACCGCAAACUACCCAGAUCUCUUUCCUUCAAUCCAUUCCUCGGUCGCAGUUGCAAUGCAAGAACUUACACAAGCGAUCAAUUUUACAAUGAGUUUUAUGACAUACUGCAGUCUGAUCUGAACAGAAUAAAGAGGACUGAUGACAAUAGCAUGAGCAGGGUAAGAGUGCAAGCAAUGGAACAUGCUGCAAAUGCUGAAAGCCUCACGGGAUUUCCCAAGCAAAGUCCACAAAAGAGCAUUCCUGAAGAUGGAGCAGAAGAGAAGAAAAGCAAAGGGAACUCUCAAGUUGGAAAGAAGGAAAUCUUGAAUUCAAAAAGCAUGAAUGAGGGGGCUCAUGAUUUAGCACAAAAGAUGAAGGAAUUGGAGAUGAUGGAUUCGAGUGAUGUUGAGCACGUGCUAGACGUUGAAGAGGCACUCCACUACUAUUCUCGCCUUACAAGUCCUGUUUAUUUAGAUAUUGUGGACAAGUUUUUCACCGACAUACACUCAGAUUUCGCGGUUCCUCAGUCCUCAGUCAGAAUCAAACGCUCAAAGUCAAAGGGAAGAAUUGGAUCUGUCAGGUUGUAGAUAAGUUCAUCUUAACGCAAAGAAUGUUUUGUUGUAUAUGAAACAUGUUUUGUUUCUCUAUGUUGUGUCUCUCAGUUUUCAUCUUCCAGUGUGCUGCUGAACGAUUUGAGUUUGUUUGGUGUGAAUUCCCGCAAUUUACACCCUUCAUUAUUUUCUGGUUAUUUCAAUACAGGAUUGAAUCUAUAUUUUCCAUUCCGCAAUGUACACUCUGUUUGUCAAUUUUCCCAAUUUUGAAACUUUCUUUAAGAAUACGGUUUCUUUCUCAAAGAUGAUUGGAUCUUAACAGGAUUUCAAAUUUUGUUUCGAUGUCACACAAAUUCAUUCAAUCUGUAAUGAUUAUUUAAAUACAAAACAUGAAAGAGUGAUUCAGACGCUCUUGGAUUCACAUUGUUUUGUUGCCGAAUCUUGGUUUAUUCAGACGCUCCUGGGAAAUGAUCGAUUUAACAUUUUUUUUUUAAUAAAAAAUAGACAAUCAAAUCAAAUUUCAAAAUAAAAUACAUUGUAAAAUUAAAGUCUAUUUCCUAACUAUACUCUUUCAAACGGAAAAAUGCUGUGCACUGCUAAGAGUACACAUCUAUAAAUAUAUCUUUAAUAUUUAGAUUGUAUUUUCUAUAUGCAUGUAUCUAAAAAGGAUAAAAACCAAAAAAAGAUUAAAAAAAAGUAUAUGAAAUUACGUACAAUAUCAAUUUUUAGUAAUUUAAAUAAUAAAAUCAUUUUCAAUGUAUAGACAUUUUAUAAAAGUUUUCGAGUGUUAACAAGAAUCUACAUCAUUAUUAAGGUCAUAAUCUUCUGAAUGGCCCAUCUACAACAAUGUUGUCAUUUUCACCUCCUUAAGUCUGGUAUUUUCCUUUAACAAAAAAAAAAAACCUGAAGUCUCGUCUUUCUUUGUUGAACAAAAAAAAUCGUAUUUUACUUAAUCCGUGCCGCAUUAAUUCUUUCGCGCCACUGUAGUUACUAAAUGAUUCCUUUCAUCAUGAAUUAUAAACGUAACACGUUGGAAAAAGCAGAAUAUUUGGCGGCUCAUUUCCACACACUAGUGGCUAAUAACCAUAAUUUCAUUGCGAUAAAGGCUAAAGAGCUAUAAUUACAUAGUCGCAGCAAUACUUUUAGAAUUGCAAACCACGAUUUAUUUACAACAGGUGGUGUCUAUAACGUGAAUUACAAUUAUAUGAACUGAAUCAUUCACACACAGACAACCCAUUGCAGAAUAAGUAAGUUAGGAAACUACUCAUCAAGAAAAAAGAACUACUCCAUUGAUAAAUCAAACAUCAGUUUUUUCGUACACCAAAUAUCCCAAAGACUUGAGUUAUUAGAUGAAAGCACAUGAACAGUUUUAUAAUAUAUUUCUAACACAUUCCCUCCACCCGAGUCUUUUGAGGUCGUUCACGAGCCUACAUACAGGGGGCCCACCCACCUACCUACCAUUGAAAUUUAACUUUUUAUAGUCAUAGUCAUAGUCUCGUUGAGGCUCUGAUACUGUCAUGAACCAAACAUCCCAAAAAGUUUAAAUAAGUGAAGACAAUAAAUGGUUUUUAUAUUAAAUUUCUAACAAGAGAGCGCUUUAUACAUUGAUACAUUGCCUCGACAGAGGCAAGUAAAACCAAUACAUGUCUACAUUCUU